AGUCGCUUGUUCUAGUUCAGACGCACGGUGCGUGACUGCUUGUGUACGCCAGUGUUUAUGCUGGAUAGGGCAGUAAAACACAGUUGAGAAGAUGUCUGCUUCCAUAGCAAGAGCCACAGUUAGAGCUGUUAGCAAGAGGAAACUGCUAGCUACAAGAGCAGCGUUAACUUUGACUCCUGCAGCAGUUAACAAGAUAAAGCAUCUUCUUCAGAACAAACCUGACUAUAUUGGAAUGAAGGUCGGCGUUCGAACCAGAGGUUGUAAUGGUCUUUCCUAUACUUUAGAGUACACCAAGGAGAAGGGAAAAGCAGAUGAAGAGGUUAUUCAGGAUGGGGUUAAGGUUUUUAUUGAGAAGAAAGCUCAGCUGACACUCUUGGGGACAGAAAUGGACUAUGUUGAAGACAAAUUAUCUAAUGAGUUUGUUUUCAAUAACCCAAAUAUCAAAGGAACCUGUGGAUGUGGAGAGAGCUUUAACAUCUGAAGAGUCCUGUUUGUUCUGAUACGGAUGUACUCUACACAGCAUUGUUUCAUGGUGCUUUUUGGACACCAGUCCUCAUUUUAAGAUCACUAAUGCAUCUCUCAACAACCAUUUUCCCUUCAUGAAGCCUGUAAAGAAAAUAACACAUUUACUGUUGAACAUAUAGUACUAUGGUUCAUAAAAAUAUAUCCUGCUGAGGCUUACAAGUUACAGAAAAUGUAGUGUUUUUAAAAGUGCAUUUUCAUAUACUCCAAAAAUAUUUUUGAUUCUCAUUGAGACAGUGUGUGGUUUUGUUCCCUUUUAUUGUUUUUUUUAUUUGUUUGUUUGCUCAGCCCUUGUUUUCUGUGUAUGGUAUCCUGCAUUUUCAGUGAACGAUUAUUUGCUUAAAACAAGCCCAUGCUGUAAGCCUGUAUUCCACCUGCUUGAAAAAGCAUGGAUGUUUUAGCAGUUUAAUAAAAUUACACCAUAGUCAAGAUGUGCUGGUGAUCUUCACCUCUUCUCUAAUAUGGCUGCCAAGUCACAGCCAUGCUUUCUUUUAUGUUUAUAGGUGAUGCAGACCAAACACUUUGAGAGACUGGCUUUACAUUAGUUACACAGCUGUGGUCUACAACAUUUUUGCUCACUUUUGACUAUGGGUAUGAAAAAAAAAAAAAGAAAAGCUGUUGAAGCCGAAUAUCUGGGGGGGGACGAGUCCAGAAUAAAAUACAACAGUUUUAUUUUAUUCUUAUUGCAGUAAUACAAUACAAAUUUCUGAGCAGAGCUGCGUUGUUUGAAUGAGAGAUCAUUCAAUAUCAGCAAGAGACUAAUAAUCACAGUUAAGUUUAAAUGUGUAAAAGCCACCCAGUUAAAUAUAGUUACCUGAAACUCAGGUAGAAUGCAGUGCCAAAACUAAUUUGCUACAGCAAUAUUAAUUAAUCAUUAAUCAACAGCAUGAAGUUUGUAUUUCUUAUUUAGAAAUAUGAACGACAAUUUGACUCGGAAGAAAACGUUUUCUUAUAAAAAGUUUAGUUUUCGUUCUGUAGAAAAUAUUUUUUACACAUUCAAACAAUAUUAUUUCAUGUCUAACAUUAGCUGACAUCAGAUCUCAGACAAUUAGACAUUUGCCUCAGCAUUUCAUUAAAAUAAAUAUAAACGAUUCAGUCAGUCUAAUUAAAUAAAGUUAUUUGACUGACAAACUAUUAUUGAGAACUGCAGUAGAUACCCAGAGGAUGAACACUGCUGUGUUACUUUCCAUUAGCCUUACAUUUGUUACAACAGGGCGCACUAAAGUCUUUCUUCACCAUCAGCCCAGGUGGCUGUGGGCAGUUGAUGAACUGCCCGGGCAGAGGCUGAAAUUACAUAAAAUUCUAAGCUAAUUCAGCAUCUGACCGCUGCAGCUGGGCACUUCGCCAACUGCCCGAUUUCGGCACCGGUCCAUAACAUAUAUACUACAUACAAUGAGUACAACGGUCCAUGCUUGUAUAUUAUAUGCACUGCAAUAAUAUAUAAGAAAAUAUAAACGCCUUGCUUCAAUGCUGUAAAAUGGUAUAAGAUAACAAGAAUGUAAUACCUCUUCAAAUCAGAAUGUAAUAAAACUUUUUUUUUUUUUUUUUAAAGUGUAAUUGAUUUUAAUUGUGUCAGUAGUAUAGGUGGUGUUUUAUAUUUAGCUUGGUGUUAUACCUUCAGAAUUGUAACUUGUGCAAUAUUUAUAUAGAUAUGAAUUGUCAUAUUAAAUCAAUAAAGACAGUUGUGAGUGAU